AUGGCGAUGAAUAUUAGAACAACGGCGAGAGCGCUGGGGGCUUUAAGACCGCGUGCCACCCCGGCGAUAAUUCUCCCCACGGUUAGGUCGUACUCUUCCUCGUCCGAGCCCGACUUAAAAGAGACUCUAAAGGAAGUCAUCCCUGCCAAACGGGAACUUCUCAAGAAGGUCAAGGCCCACGGGUCUAAGGUCAUCGGUGAGGUCAAGGUUGAGAAUACAAUUGGUGGCAUGAGAGGGCUAAAGGCCAUGGUCUGGGAAGGCUCUGUACUGGAUGCGAAUGAAGGAAUUCGAUUUCAUGGUCGAACGAUAAAGGAUUGCCAAAAGGAAUUGCCCAAAGGCAAGACGGGCACGGAAAUGCUCCCGGAAGCUAUGUUUUGGCUCCUCUUAACCGGCAAAGUGCCUUCAGUUGGUCAGGUCCGCCAACUAUCGCGUGAACUCGCCGAGCAGGCUCGGCUUCCUGAUUUCGUAAAUAAACUUCUUGAUAGCUUCCCUAGGGACUUACACCCCAUGACUCAGUUCGCCAUUGCAGUCAGCGCUCUGAACUAUACUUCGAAAUUCGCCAAGGCGUAUGAGCAAGGCUUGAACAAGGCCGACUACUGGGAGCCCACAUUCGACGAUGUCAUUAGUCUUCUCGCCAAGUUACCUACGAUCGCAGCCAAGAUAUAUCAGAAUUCCUAUCGUGACGGUGGUGCAUUACCUGGCGAUGUUGACCCCGAACAGGACUGGUCCUAUAACUUUGCCUCUAUGCUAGGCAAGGGUGGAAAAGAGAAUGAAGACUUCCAGGACUUACUAAGACUAUACCUUGCCCUGCAUGGAGAUCACGAAGGCGGAAACGUCUCAGCUCACGCGACUCACCUUGUCGGAAGUGCCCUAAGCGAUCCGUUCCUGAGUUAUAGCGCAGGCCUCCAAGGCUUGGCCGGACCUUUACACGGACUCGCCGCGCAGGAGGUUUUACGGUGGAUUAUCCAGAUGAAAGAAAGCAUCCCAGAGAACUACUCUGAAAAAGACGUUCACGAUUACCUGUGGUCAACACUCAACAGCGGUCGAGUCGUUCCAGGUUACGGGCAUGCUGUUCUUCGCAAGCCCGAUCCCCGCUUCGAAGCUUUGAUGGAUUACGCUGCCAGUCGUCCUGCAAUUGCUAGUGACCCUGUAUUCAAGCUCGUCAAGGCCAAUAGCGAAAUUGCUCCUCAAGUUUUAACUAAGCACGGGAAGACCAAGAACCCCUACCCUAACGUCGACUCGAGCAGUGGUGUUUUGUUCCACCACUAUGGCUUCCACGAGACACUGUAUUACACGGCAACGUUCGGUGUUAGCAGAGGAUUGGGGCCCCUAGCUCAACUAAUUUGGGACCGUGCUCUUGGCCUACCCAUUGAGCGGCCUAAGAGCAUAAAUCUAGAAGGAAUAUUAAAACAGGUGGAAGCUUGA